GGCAGCCACUGACCACAAUGUUGAUAACACCACAGCGAUUCUUAGAGAGUGGCUGAAGAACGUGCAGAACCUCUACCAUGAUGUGGAGUGGAGGCCGAUGGAAGACCCCCAGUCUUACCCAGAAGAAAUUGGGCCAAAACAUUGGCCAAGCUCCCGAUUCACUCAUGUGAUGAAACUCCGCCAGGCUGCCCUGCGUGCUGCACGAGAGAAGUGGUCAGACUACAUCCUGUUUAUUGAUGCAGAUAAUUUACUGACCAACCCACAAACACUGAAUCUGAUGAUAGCCGAAAACAAGACAUUGGUGGCACCAAUGCUGGAGUCUCGCUCUCUCUACUCUAAUUUCUGGUGUGGCAUCACCCCCCAGGGCUAUUACAAAAGGACCUUGGAUUAUCCCCUGAUUCGGGAAUGGAAGAGGACUGGCUGUUUUGCUGUCCCGAUGAUUCAUUCCACAUUCCUUAUUGACUUGAGGAAAGAGGCCUCCACCAAGCUGAUGUUCUACCCCCCCCACCAGGACUACACCUGGAGCUUUGAUGAUAUCAUGGUCUUUGCCUUCUCCAGUCGCCAAGCAGGAGUACAGAUGUUCAUCUGCAACCGUGAACACUAUGGUUUCCUUCCCAUGCCCCUGAAAUCACACCAGACGCUACAAGAAGAAACGGAGAACUUUGUGCACACACUAAUUGAGGCUAUGAUCGAUCGUCCUCCCAUUGAACCCUCUCAGUAUGUCUCUGUUCCUCCGAAGAAUCCUGACAAGAUGGGAUUUGAUGAAAUUUUCAUGAUCAAUCUGAAGCGUCGGAAAGACAGGCGGGCUCGGAUGCUGCGGACUCUCUAUGAGCAGGAGAUUGCAGUCAAGAUAGUGGAGGCUGUGGAUGGAAAAGCACUGAACACGAGUCAGCUCAAAGCUCUCAGCAUCGAUAUGCUGCCGGGUUACCGGGACCCGUACUCCUCCAGGCCACUAACCAGGGGAGAGAUCGGCUGCUUCCUUAGUCACUACUACAUUUGGAAGGAGGUGGUGAACAGAGAACUGGAGAAGACUCUUGUUAUUGAGGAUGAUGUGCGCUUUGAACACCAGUUUAAAAGGAAGCUCAUGAAGCUGAUGGAUGACGUUGAACAAGCCCAGCUAGACUGGGAGCUUAUCUACAUUGGCCGGAAAAGGAUGCAGGUGCAGGAGCCUGAGAAAGCAGUUCCCAAUGUCAUGAACCUGGUGGAAGCUGAUUACUCUUACUGGACCCUGGGGUACGCAAUCUCUUUCCAGGGGGCUCAGAAACUCGUCGGAGCUGAGCCCUUCAGCAAGAUGCUGCCUGUAGAUGAAUUUCUGCCAGUCAUGUACAACAAGCACCCUGUAGCAAAGUACAUGGAGUACUAUGAGUCGAGAGACUUGAAAGCCUUUUCAGCAGAACCUCUGCUUGUUUACCCCACCCACUACACAGGGCAGCCGGGCUACCUCAGUGACACAGAGACCUCUACAAUCUGGGACAAUGAGACCGUGUCAACAGACUGGGACAGAACACACUCCUGGAAAUCCCGGCAGCAGGGCAAGAUCCACAGCGAUGCCCAGAAUAAGGAUGCCCUGCCUUCCCAGUCAUCUCUCAAUGCGCCGUCCUCCAGGGAUGAGCUAUGACUGCCCACUUCCCCUGGGACUCUAUUGACAGCUGAACCUGCCUCACACUUUAGCUUUUCACCCUUGAAAGUUGUAGAGCAGCUCUUCAUGUGGUCUUCUUCCCGCUGCUUUGAAUGCAAAGCAUAGUGGUUGGACCUGACAACUAACCAAGUCACUUAGGACUGGCUGGGAGAUGAAGGAGGAAAAAGACCGAGUGUUCUAGACUGGCAGAAAAAAGGCAGAGAUCUGAACAAAAGGCCUCUCAAACUUUUGUGAAAAAACAACCUUGAAUGAUGUCUUUCUACAGUUCCUCGUGUAGAACACUCUAUUUAUAAAGAUUAAUAUAUAGAGGUGUACAAGUGUUAAUACCUGUCUGGAUAGCUGUAACUCGGCUGCUGUGUAACUGUUAUUCCUUGUAGGUUUGUAGGCUUUUAUAACCCAGUUCACUGAUACAAACUGCAGGCAAGCGUGUGGGUUAUUCAGUUCUGUUUUCCAAAGGAAUCCCUGUCAAAAUCCAGAUGGUUUCCAAAAAUGUUCUGUGCACUGUAGCCAUGCUCAUCUGUAGUAUCUUCUUCCUCCUCACAUUUCCAUAGAGAACUACUGCUGGGUUCCCCUCUGCAAAUUUCAAAACUUGCUAGAUCCCAUCUGAACAGGCCUCCCAGUACAGAACCGAUGUCUUGGCAUGUCUAAAAUCUUAGAAGCUAGCAGAGAAAGUGGAGGUUGCUGGUUUUGUUUGCCUCUGCACUGCCUGAAUGGAACACGGGCAGCAUUAGUCUGUGUCAUGUCUUGCUUCACCCCCUGCCUUAGUUUAUUCCUUCAGGAAGAUAAAGCCUGACAACCUAUUUGCAGGCCUGUUUAAUUAGGCCAUAAAACCCAAGUGUAGGACUUCAAGGAACUUCAAAAGUUUGGUUAUGAACUGCUUGACACUACCU